AUGAGCACAACUACUCUAACGGGCAUUGGACGCCAUCCGUCCAUUCGGCAUCCUUCCACAUGGACACAACCGCAUAGGGAUUCAAGUCCGCACGCGCAGAGCAGUCCGAUAGAUGCCUUUCCCGCUUUUGUCGAUGAGACACCCGAAGCCACUACGAAUGGGAAACCACAGGAGGAGCAGAAUGGCCUUGAUCAUACAUGGCAACCCCGGAAAGCCGGCUAUAAGCCUGCGUCGAAGCAUCGACCACGCAAAAGUAUCAGCGAAACGAUCACCACGAUUAGGAAGCGGAAUGCUAGUAUGAGUGCAAAUGCACAUGACAUAGCGGAAGCAUUGAAAGCUCCGGUAUCAUAUAAGCUGAUUGGCCUCUGUAUCAUUUGGUACAUGACAUCGGCCGUCACCAAUACGUCCUCCAAAUCCAUAUUGACUGCGCUUCCCAAACCGGUCACUCUUACCAUCAUACAAUUCGCCUUCGUGUCGUUUUGGUGUCUACUUCUCACAUAUUGUUCGUCCCUUUUCCCCGGGUUGAAGCAAGCUAUACCUGCUCUUCGUAAUGGCAUAUUGCCACCAUCACGGGAAGUUAUCAUCACGACCCUACCGCUUGCAGGAUUCCAAUUGCUCGGACAUAUCCUGAGCUCAAUGGCGACCUCGCAAAUACCGGUUUCGCUCGUCCAUACCAUCAAGGGUCUUUCGCCGUUAUUCACCGUCCUAGCUUAUCGAGUAUUCUUUCGAAUCAAAUAUGCAAGAGCGACAUACUUGUCGCUGGUUCCUCUCACUAUGGGAGUGAUGCUGGCAUGCGCCACAGGCUUCUCCACGAACUUUUUCGGAAUUAUUUGUGCGUUGCUUGCGGCGCUGGUGUUCGUGUCCCAGAAUAUCUUCUCGAAGAAGCUCUUCAAUGAAGCAUCACGCGCAGAAGCAGACCCUUCUUUAGGUGGGCGACGCAAACUCGAUAAACUUAAUCUGUUAUACUACUGUUCAGCGCUUGCUUUCCUCCUUACGUUACCUAUUUGGUUAUUCUCGGAAGGAUUCUCCCUCAUAUCCGACUUUUUCAGUAAUGGCGCAAUCAGCCUCACUGAGAAAAAAAAUUCGCUGGACCACGGCGCUUUGUUUCUGGAGUUUGUCUUCAACGGCGUAUCUCACUUUGCCCAGAAUAUUCUAGCUUUUGUCAUUCUGUCGAUGGUUUCCCCUGUUUCUUACUCGGUGGCAUCGUUGAUCAAGCGUGUCUUUGUUAUUGUCGUGGCAAUCAUCUGGUUUGGUAGCUCGACGACAUCCACUCAAGCAGUAGGCAUAGGUCUUACCUUCUUUGGGCUAUAUCUUUACGAUCGAAACAGUCACGACGACGCCGCCGAUCAACGAGCCAAUGCUGACCACUUCCGCAACCGCGACUCACUGUUGCCUCUGAAUGCAGUGGCUCCCAAGAAUCGAGAUUCUAAGCCUUUUCAUUUCCUACCUAUUACCGGAGACCACGGUGAACCCGGGGCUUCCAUCGACGAGAAAAAGGACGACCGGUCGAACUCUAUUCGGCCCCGGGGAGCCAGCGUCUCUCGGAAUUGGCUUCCGCCAGGCACCAAGCAAGAGACCACUUGGCAGCGUGGGGAUAACUAA